AUGGCAUCGUUCCACUACGAGCAGGGGGACUUCCGCGGUUACCAGACCAGCAUGAGCUCUCCCUCCCUGCCAGGAACCCGGGGCCGGCCCUACGGCCAGCAGCAACACCAGCAGCACGCCGCCGACGGCGCCCCCGUCUUCACGGCCGAGAUGCGGGACCGGCAGGCGCGGGGCAAGGACCCGUACCACGAGUCGGAGGACUCGGAGGACGCCAACUACUGGGGCGGAGGACGACACCGGCGAGAUGAGCCCUUUGCCGUCGUGGACCAGAGGCGGAAGGCCGUGCAGGUGCUCGACACCCCGGAGCUUCUGAUGACGUACGCGCAGCGUGACAACGAGUCCGUGCCGGCAACGCGCCUCCGCUACACGCGCAUGCUCUGCGGCGUGGCGGCCGACGGCUCCGCGCAGGGCGCCUCGUCCUCCAAGAAGACGUCCAAGAAGUCCUCGUCCUCGCACCACCGCAGCGGCGGCAGCAGCAGCAGCCGCAGUACGCCGACCAAGCGCACCGGUGGCAGUGACCACCGGAGCUCUCGCUGA